AUGCACAGGGGCUGCGAAGCGACGGCCGACCGCACAGUGGUUGCCGGUACGGCCAAGCCGAAGGUCAUUAUAGUGACGGGGCCCACUGCAGUAGGCAAGACCAAGAUAGGCCUGGAGCUGGCAAAGCGACUGGGUGGCGAAGUGAUCUCUGCAGACUCUGUCCAGCUCCCAGAGUCGCAGCGGCAGGGAAUACCGCACCAUCUAAUUGAUGUGCUGCCGCCGACAGCCGAGUUCUCGGCAGGGGAGUUCUACGAAGUGGGGCGCAGGGCCACAGCGGAGAUUAUCAGGCGUGGAAAGGUGCCCAUUGUGGUGGGCGGGACCGGCUUCUACCUGCGGUGGUUCAUGUACGGCAAGGCCCAGACGCCGCAGUCGAGUCCAGAGCUGCGAGCGAAGGUGGCCAGCCUAAUACAAGAGGCAUGGGCCAAGGCGGCAGAGGCCGCUGCCUUGACAGCGGCCCUGGGGCCGCAGCAGGAGGAAGGGGAGCCCGUCGCCCCCUGGGAGCAGCACAAGCGGGCGCGGCAGCAGCGGGAGCAAGCCCAGCAGGGCGGCAGCGGCAGCGCCGGCAGCGCAGGUGAUGGGGUCGCUGGCGAGGCUGGCGGCCCCACAAGCACGAGCGCAGCCGAGCACCCGCAAACGCCUGGCGAGCUGCAGCGGGAGCAGCAGCAGCAGCAGGAGCAGCAGCAGCAGGAGCAGCAGCAGGCCGAGCAGCAGUGGGGGACCAAGGAACACCAUCGACAGUGGCGGGCCCAGUGCAAGGAGCGCCGGCGCGCCGCCCGCGAGGCCGCGCCCCCGACGCCCGAGCAGCUGGCCGACCGCAACAUGCCGCCGGACCCGCCCGCGAACCUGUCUCGAGAGCAGCUCUGGGACGCAGCUGUGGGCGUGGUGGCGGGCUUGGGGGACCCUGAUGCGGCGGAGCGGGUGCGGGCGGAGCGGCACAACUGGUACCGGCUGCAGAGGGUGUGCCAGAUCCUGCUGCAGAACGGUGGGAAGCGGAUGAGCGAGAUGGAUGUUGACACCGAGAAGGAGCUCGACUAUGAUUUCAGGUGCUUCUUUUUGCACCGGCCGCGGCGGCAGCUGUACGACAAGAUCGCCUAUAGGGUCGAGGAGAUGGUGGCCGGCGGCCUGCUGCGUGAGGCGCGGUGGCUGAUGAGCCUGGGCGUCACAGCCGGCAGCUGCAACGCCGCGCGCGCGAUCGGUUACCGCCAGGCGCUCGAGUUCAUGCAGGAGGCGCAGCAGCAGGGCGGGGCGGCGACCCAGGAGCAGCUCUCGCAGAUGAUCAUGAAGAUCGGCGCGGCCACGCGCAAGCUGGUGAAGAACCAGCACACCUGGUUCCGCGACGACGGAGCCUUCCUGUGGGUCGACAACUCUGCGCCAGAGGAGGACGUGCUGCGGCUCAUCCUAGGGGAAAUUGAGAAGCCAGAGCACCAGGGCAACUGCGGCGACAGCGGGCGGCUGGACAAGGAGGCGGCGCGCGCGAUGCGGGAGUACAUCCAGCCCCUGGUGCUGUUCAAGGACCAGCAGCGGGUGGCCAGGGCGCUGGCAGAGGUGCAGGAGCUGCUCGGAGGGAGCGGCGGCGCCGGGCGAGAGGGGGGAGAGCGCGGCCGCGGCGGCGGCGCCGGCGACCAGAGUGGGCCGGACGGCGAAUUGCUCGGGGGCGCGACUGUGGCGGAGCCUGCUGCUGAUGCGCCUGGAGGAUCUGCAGCAAGCGAAGCUCCCGUGUAA